CCGAAACAUAAACCUGACAUACAUACAUAUACAUUACUCAUUUGGGACAAUUCUGACAGCAACUUACAGUCCGAACACACUGUCGUUUUUGUUGCUCCCAAAUAAAUGGAUUGAGAUAUAGUUGGUUAGGAGGGAUUUAAGGAAGGAUUUAGGAUGUAAUAAAGAAGGUGGUGACAGAAAGAACAUCUAGGAAACUGUGAAAAGCUAACAACUUUGGAGACCACAGAAUGGGAAUGCAAUUCCCUUCUGCCCUCAGAACCAAAGUAAGGAAUAACAACACCACAUAUUGCCACCCCCUUUAAUCAUCUUCCGCACAAGAAAGCUAAAGUUUCAGGCCUUGUACUGGAGACUGGGAACACACAUACACUCUCUCUGUUUAAAGUAAAAGAAAAAAGAAACAAAGGAGAAUCCAGCAUGAUUUCCAUCACUACCCCAACCAACUACUUCAUUUCAUCCCUUUUUCUAAUCUCCCUCAUUAAACCACUUUCUUCAUCCUCUUCCCCAACGCCUCUUCCUCAUAAACCAACAACCUCCCCCCAUAUCUUUCACUAUUCUUAAACGAUCAUCCUUUGGCCUUCUCUCAACAACAAUGCUGGGCCCUGCAUUUCUAUGGACAUGAAACACCCUUCCAACACUUGACACACCGCCUAAGCAUGGCCUUCGCCUGCUUCUUCAACACUCCCCAGACCAUUGCCAUUCUUGUGCCGCUGCUUUUGCUUCUUCUUGCUUUCACAAUAACUCCGGUGUACCCAUCUCAUAUUCCCGCCACCAACCAGACUUUCCAUCCCCAACAGGAAUUGAACAAGUUGAAGAUGAUAAGGGCUCAUCUGGAUAAGGUCAACAAGCCUGCAGUCCACACAAUUCAGAGUCCUGACGGGGAUCUCAUUGAUUGUGUUUUAUCUCACCACCAACCAGCAUUUGACCAUCCAAACUUGAAGGCCCAAAAACCCUUGGAUCCACCAGAGAGACCAGAAGGACAUAAGCCGCCUAGGACGGAGAUAGGGAGCUUCCAAUUAUGGAGCAUGAAUGGGGAAACUUGCCCGGAAGGAACAGUUCCAAUAAGAAGAACAACGGAGGAAGACAUACUCAGAGCUACCUCUUUUCAGAUGUUUGGAAGAAAAGUAAGAAGAUGGGUUAGGAGAGAAACAAGCGGCGACGGGCAUGAGCACGCUGUGGGGUAUGUGACCGGCAAUCACUACUUCGGUGCAAAAGCAAGCAUCAACGUGUGGGCACCUCGAGUCGCCGAUCAAUAUGAAUUCAGCUUAUCGCAAAUGUGGGUCAUCUCCGGCUCUUUUGGCGACGAUCUCAACACCAUCGAAGCCGGUUGGCAGGUUAGUCCAGAACUGUACGGAGACAAUUACCCAAGAUUCUUUACUUACUGGACGUCGGACGCAUACCAAGCAACCGGAUGUUACAAUCUGCUAUGCUCGGGGUUUGUCCAAACAAAUAACAAAGUUGCCAUUGGGGCCACAAUAUCUCCGACGUCUUCGUUGGAUGGCGGUCAAUUCGACAUCAGCUUGAUGGUUUGGAAGGAUCCGAAGCAUGGAAACUGGUGGCUGGAAUUGGGAGCGGGAGUACUGGUGGGAUACUGGCCGUCCUUCUUAUUCACGCAUCUGCAACAGCAUGCAACCAUGGUGCAGUUCGGGGGAGAGGUGGUGAAUUCAAGCCCCUCCGGAUUCCACACCAGCACGGAGAUGGGGAGUGGGCGUUUCGGCGGGGAGGGAUUCGGAAAAGCUUCCUACUUCCGGAACCUGCAGGUGGUGGAUUGGGACAACAGCUUGGUUCCAUUGACAAACCUGAUGGUAUUGGCGGAUCAUCCGGAGUGCUACGAUAUUGAAGCAGGGAUGAACACCGAUUGGGGCAACUACUUUUACUACGGUGGACCUGGCCGAAACCAGAGGUGUACCUGACAGAAAUGUUCCUGUUCUUUUUGUUAUAUCACAUCCCCUUCUAUUACAAGUAUAUAAUUGUAAAUUUUGGUUCACCAUUUAUACUAUAAUAGGAAUAUCAGCACUUUAGACAUUGCA